AUGAAUAGAUUGAUCGCGCCUGCGUUAGCUACAGUCUGUGGUAUUGCCACCGGUAUGUUGCCUAUCUCGGUCAUUUCUCGACAUGCUUUACUGACACCCCUCACAGCGGUCGCAGCAUUCCAACCAGAACUGCAGAAGCAGGCAGCAGAAAGAGAAGGCAAGAAUGUUGAAGAGUUUCAACAACAGCAUAAUGGCGCCAUGUACGACUUUCUAUCGCACUCUUUCAUUAGAAUCCCCACUGACAUCCGCCCCCUCCCAGUNCCGCCAACAGCACACGACCGCGAGAUCCCAGACAUCAACAACGACAAAUCCAUCGGCGCAGAAGUAAAACAGCACCUCCAAGAAGCAAGGCAAGAAGCAGUACAGACGAUACAACACGCACAGCAAAGCGCAAAGACAGAGGUGGCACCCAAGAAAGCAUGGUGGGGUCUGGGUAUAUUCGGAGCCAGUCAAGGCGGAGAAGAAAGUCCAAGGGAAAACAAAUAA